UUGGCCAGUCUCGCGGUAGCUUUCGACCGAAGUAAUUCUCAUUUUAAAGUUCCAAGAUGAGAACCAGUAGUAGUGCCCUAAUCUUGUGCUCUUUCUUGGCUCUCCUGUUCCUCCGGGUUCGGGGUGACUUGGCCGACCAACAGGAAAAAGAGCACCAUCCACGCCUGCCGGCCUCACGCGACUUUGUGGCCCUCGACGAGGAGCUGGAGACACGUUUCUGGCAUGAAAAGGCCCAAUCGAUUCUGGCCGAUAAGUUGGCCGGCCACCAGAAGCUGAACGAAAACCGCGCCAAGAACGUGAUCUUGUUCCUUGGCGACGGCAUGUCCAUCCACACGAUUGCCGCCACCCGUGACUUCAUGGGCGACAGCAACGAGCAGGUCUUCUUCGAGAAGUUCCCCUACUUGGGCCUGUCCAAGACGUACGCAGUGAAUGAGAGGACUCCGGAUUCGGCCAACACAGCCACGGCUUACCUUACCGGCGUAAAGGCCAACUACGGCACCAUUGGCGUCAAUGCCCAGGUGCAGCGUGGCGACUGUGAGUCCGCCAACGAUACUAGUACACACACCCAGAGCAUUGCCCAGUGGGCCCAGGAGGCGGGCAAGUGGGCGGGUAUUGUGACCACCGCCAGGGUAACGCAUGCCUCACCAGCCGGUACCUAUGCCCAUGUCGCCGACAGGAACUGGGAGACCGAUGGGGAUAUCACCAAGUCCAACUGCAGUCCCGAACUCAACACGGACAUUGCCCGGCAGCUGGUGGAGUGGCCCGUGGGCCAGGAACUCCGGGUGAUCAUGGGCGGCGGCCGGUCCUACUUCCGCGAUAAGUCGAUGCGCGACGAGGUAGGAGUUUCGGGACUCCGCACCGAUGGUCGGGAUCUGAUUAAGGACUGGCAGGAGAUCAAGAAGCAGCAGGGAUCCGAGGGCAAGUACGUUUGGUCAUUCAAGGGUCUCCGAGAUACGGAUCUCAGCAAGACGGACUACCUCCUUGGACUCUUCGAAACCUCGCACUUGCCUUUUCACGGCGAUCGCCAGCGAACCCACUACGAAGAGGCUGAGCCCUCGCUCUCCGACAUGACUGAGGCGGCCAUCAAGAUGUUGAGCCAGAACGAGAAGGGCUACUUUUUGUUUGUGGAAAGCGGCCGGAUUGACAUGGCCCACCAUGAGACGAAGGCCAGGAAGGCGCUGGAAGAUACCCAGGAGUUUGCGGCUGCCGUGGAAAUGGCCAGGGAAAUGACCAGCGAGGAGGACACUUUGAUUGUGGUGACCUCGGAUCACUCGCACACCAUGUCCAUCAAUGGCUAUCCGUACCGCCGCCAGAAUAUCCUGUCGCUGGCUCCCAACCUGGCAGACGACGAGUUGCCCUUUACAAUUCUGUCCUAUGCCAAUGGCCCUGGCUUUACAGAUACCUACAACUCAGAUUCCGGCCGCAUCGAUCUCUCUCGUGUGGACACAACCAAGGAGGACUUUGAAUUCCAGGCCACGGUUCCUUUGAGUAGCGAGACCCAUGGCGCCGAAGAUGUGGGCGUCUUUGCCUCCGGUCCUUUUGAACACCUAUUUACAGGAAAUUACGAGCAGAGCUCUAUUCCGGCCAUGAUGGCAUAUGCGGCCAACAUGGGGCCUUUUGCCAAAGAUAAGCUGGAGGAGUAAAGUCUAGUAUACUCAUAAGGAAUACUCAAUAAAUACAGAGAGAUUAGCUUAAGAUUGUCCCUUAAGGGAGUGUAUAUAUGUACUUAAAUUAUUAAGGGAAAAUUAUGAGAAAUAAAUUGAAAGUUUCCAUAAAAA